AUGUACAUCAUCAAGCCUUCGUGGCUUCGCCAUACUGGCGAACAGAAGGACUUUGAGGUUUACAGCUGCCACGUCUCCCAGGAUGGAAAGAGACUGGCCACCGCUGGCGGAGAUGGCCAUGUUCGCAUCUGGUCGACCGAUUCAAUCUACAAUGGCCAUGUCGAAGGCUACUCGGCCCCGCGACAGCUCUGCCACAUGAGCCACCACCUGGGCACCAUCCAUUCCGUCCGAUUCUCCCCAAAUAAUCGCUACCUCGCUUCCGGCGCCGACGACCGUGUCAUCUGCAUCUACCAGCUCGACAGCAACCCUCCAUCACACGCCACCACAUUCGGCACCAACGAGCCACCGCCCAUCGAGAAUUGGAAAACCCACAAACGCCUCGUAGGCCACGACAGCGACGUCCAGGACCUCGCCUGGUCUUACGACAACUCGAUUCUCGUCUCAGUUGGUCUAGAUUCGAAAGUGGUGGUAUGGUCAGGACACACAUUCGAAAAGCUAAAGACACUUGCUGUUCACCAAAGCCAUGUCAAGGGGAUCACCUUUGACCCGGCCAAUAAGUUCUUCGCUACCGCCGGUGAUGACCGGACUAUCAAGAUUUUCCGGUUUACCCCUCCGGCUCCGAAUGCCACCGCCCACGAUAUGGUCAACAACUUUGUUCUCGAGACUACCAUCAGUGCGCCGUUCAAGAGCUCCCCGCUCACCACGUACUUUCGGAGGUGUAGUUGGUCGCCAGAUGGCAAUCACAUCGCGGCGGCGAAUGCAGUAAACGGCCCGGUCAGCAGUGUGGCCAUCAUUGAGCGUUCAAGAUGGGACAGCCAGAUCAACCUGAUUGGUCACGAAGGCCCAACUGAGGCGUGUAUGUUCUCGCCUCGUUUGUUCCAUACCCAAAACCCGGCCGAGAAGGGCGCAUCCGGAUCACUGGUGACAGUCAUUGCCUCUGCUGGUCAGGACAAGACGUUGAGUAUAUGGAACACAAACACCUCUCGGCCAGUUGUGAUUGUGCAGGAUGUAGCAUCCAAGUCCAUUUCAGACUUGGCAUGGGCCCCAGAUGGCCAGACCUUGUUUGCCUGCAGCUUAGAUGGAAACAUCGUUGUGGUUCAGUUUGAAGUUGGCGAGCUGGGGUGGGUAGCAACGGCAGAGGAGAACGACAAGGCUCUCGAGAAGUACGGGGUUGCCAGAAAGGGAAUGGGAACUGCAGAAGAUGUUGAUGGGCUACACCUCGAGAAUCACAGCAAGGCUGGCGAGUUGCGAGGGGCCGAGUCCCGGAUGGGGGCUCUGAUGGGAGAUCUGCCUGCUGCUGCUGCUGCUGCUUCGAAGAGUGACACGGCUGCCACAACAAAUGGCACCAAGUCAACAAAGAACGGCGAGGCAAAGAACGGUGACGCGGUCAAGAAUGGAGAGACAAAUGGCACUUCUGAGCCCAAGUCAGGCAAGGAGACGCCGGCCGCAGAGAGUGCCGACAAGGCUGCAGAGCGCAUCAACGAACUGAAGUCCCGGGUGCAGGUAACGAAGGAUGGAAGGAAGAGGGUUGCACCUCUGCUAGUCUCGUCAUCCGGCACUGGCUUACUGUCAUUACCACAAUCGCAGCUAGUGGGCGCGAAGUCCAAGACUGCGAUACAAAGCGAGACGUCUCAGACGGUGAUUGAUCUUUCAAAACCCUCCCAUGGGCUACCAAAAGGCGGUAUCGCCGCCUUGUUGCUAGGCACCAAGAGAAAAGCUGUUGUGCUUGACGGGGAGGAAGAGGAUGAACCCAACAAGCGGCUGGCAACAGGUCCUGUACCAAUCAUGGCUGACACAGUCGACGGCCUUGAGCCAGCAACCCUCACAUCACCCGCUCAAGGCCUCGUCCCAACGCCAGAGUUCCUCCGCUCAGCCGUCGUGAGCCCCUCGGUAUCUUUCUCCCAAGUACGACUAGCAGUUCCCAAAAUCCGCUCUCACAUUGUCCGUGCCCUCGAAAAGGGAGUCCUUCAAGGGGAAUCCACCCUCGAAGAAGCCUCCAAAAUCCCAGAAAACACCAUCCUCGAGGCCAAAAACCCCGCCCGCCCCCGCGAACCCUCCCAUAUUACCGCCACCAAGCGCGGUGCCCUCCUCUGGCAAGACUACCUCCCCCGCGCCAUCAUCCUCCUAACAGGCAACAAGCACUUCUGGGCAGCCGCCUGCGAAGACGGCACCCUCCACACCUGGACGCCCGCCGGCCGCCGCCUCUUGAACGGCAUUAUACUCGAGUCCCAACCCAUAAUCCUCGAGUCAAGAGACCACUGGCUCCUAUGCGUAACAUCAGUAGGCAUGUGCCACGUCUUCAACAUAAAAACCAUGUCCGCUGCCCACCCACCCGUAUCCCUCGCCCCCAUCCUCGACAUUGCCAUCACUUCUUUAUCUCCAGACGGACCAACAGCUGCCCCGGGAGUAACCUCCGCCCACCUCAACAGUCUCGGCACAAUCGUGGUAACCCUCUCCAACGGCGACGGAUUCUACUACUUGCCCACAUUAUACACCUGGCAACGCCUCUCCGAGUCCUGGUGGGCGCUAGGAUCCCAAUACUGGAACAGCAACGACUCGUCGCUUACCGCCCUCUCCUCAACAGCAGUCGGCCCCUCGGCGCCGGCGAAGAAACCAAAGUCAGGUGGUGAUGAUAAACCCGACAUUUCGGCGGCCAAGGACGGGUUUGAAGGGUUCGAAUCGGUUGUUUCUGUCGCCCACUUGGAGAACCGCAUGGCGGGUGCUCUGGCCUUGGGGGCAAAGGAGGAGUUUAGGUUGUAUCUAUUCAUGUACGCCAAACGGAUCGGUGCCGAAGGAUUGCGGUCAAAGGUGGAGGAAUUACUCAACACGUUGGUAGGGGGCGUGUUGCAAGACAAUAAGGAUGGGGGGGAAAAGGGAAGGGGCUGGUUUGAUAAGGGGGAGGUGAUUUGUGGUUGGGAGAGGAAGGAGUUGCUGAAGGGGGUGGUGUUGAUUCUUGGCAAAUUCAGGGAUUUGCAGAGGACGACGGUGCAAUACGCUAGGAUACUGGGGUUGACGGCUGGGAAUGAGGAGGAUGAGGAGGAUGGGGAAGAGACGAAUGGGGUGGUGGACCAGAUGGAGGAGUAA